AUGUCUGAGUUUUCCCCGAAUCAACCUAUAAUUCUCUCUGAUCAACAGCCAGGUGGACGGUGGCCUCUGCAGCAGUUCACCACCCCUGAAAGAUCACUCCCUACGUAUUUUGAGGUGCCGAGCAAGAGGAAUGUGAUAACAAUCAAGUCAGCUAACGGAGACAUUGUCACCCCCAGAGACGAAGGAUCUCGAGGGCCAACGCUGUCGGAGCGCCCUGAAACGACCGAAAGUGCUUCUGAAAAUGAUAAACCCAAUGAUAGAGUCUCUACGGAGUGGCCCGCGCAAACCAACAGAGGCCAUCCAGCAACAAAGUUGAAUAUUUAUGCACCAAUUCAUGUCCCUGAUUGGCUUCUUGCCAUCAAUGAGUCAGUGGUAGCUUAUGUGCCCUGUACACCUCUGCGUCAUUUCGAUGCAGAUAAGUAUGCCGCCGCCUUUGGAGCAGACAUCCAUGUUCAGCCUCGUGACAAAUGGCCUCUCCCUCUGGGUCUCCUGAUUCCCGACCGCCAGACUCCUGUCAAACCAGAACAAUAUCAAGACCGAUUUAUAGCUCUCCUGCGAGAAGAAUUAGCAGCUCUGGACCAGCGGCUGUUUUACUAUUCACUCUACAAUCACCCUAUUGUGAUGCGGGACCCUCACCAGCUGCUCUUUGAAAUCCAUGUUCCUGGCUUGCGCGAAAACUCGCCUCGUGUCGAUCUGGGUGAUAUCGUGCUUGUUCGGCCCAUUCUUCUCAAUGACCACCUGGUCGUGUUUAGCCAAAACAAGAUGUGGCGAGAACAUAUGCAAGAAAAGGGACAAUGCCACCCGGCCUUUGAAGGCAGAGAAUAUCGUGCGGUGGUAUGGGGCCUUAACCGCGCCAAAGAAGCCGUUUUACUUCGCAUUGAAAAUGGAGGCAAGGUUCCUCAAACCGCCAACCUCAAAUUCAUCUUGCAAGUGCCCAAGACGAUGCCACUGUUGUCCGCCGUCCAGUCCAUCCACGCCGCCCUUGGCUCAUCAGAUACUACUACCUUGCGGUCCAUGCUUUUCCCGCACAGAUCGGACGCAUGCAUGCAGACAAAACUAUCAGCAGCCUCAUUCGACAUAGAAUGGCGAGAUGACUCCCUCAACUUUGAGCAACAAAAGGCUGUCGCAGCCGUCGUUGCUGAUAGAUAUGGGACGGUCCCAUACCUCAUAUCAGGACCACCUGGCACGGGCAAAACAAAGACCAUCGUGGAGAUGGCCCUCCAGCUGGUUGCGAGAAAUGAAUCGGCCGUUCACCCGCACCUCCUCAUCUGCGCACCAUCCGAUGCGGCUGCAGAUACUCUCGCGCUUCGACUUUCGCUGUGGCUUGACCGAAAUCAGUUGUUUCGACUCAAUAGCUGGACUCGAUCCUUUGCUGAAGUACCCGACAAACUCAUUCUAUAUUCAUAUACCGAUUCACACAGCCUUUUCAGUCUGCCACCGUUUGGCCAACUGAUGUCGUAUAGUAUUGUAGUCACCACCUGUCGAGAUGCCAACAUACUCAUUGAAGCACGUCUGACUAACAAAGAUCUGGCCGAACUAGCCUUCAGCACCAUGAGUGCGGUAUCCCCCUCCACUGUAGAGGGUCUGACUACACCACUACUACACUGGACAGCUCUUCUUCUCGAUGAAGCCGCCCAAGCUACCGAACCGGAAUCUCUCAUCCCGCUUUCAGUAGUUCUACCACUGGCGCGACUCCCAAAGUGUCAACUUGUGUGCCCACAGUUUGUGCUCGCGGGUGACGAAUUCCAACUUGGCCCACGCCUGGAAUCACACGCGCAGAGGACUGGUCUCGAAAUCUCCCUCUUCCAACGCCUCUUCAAUCUCCCCUUCUACGCCGAUCACCCCCUCUCCAUGGCCAACGGUCUUAAACCUCUCACUCGCAAGCUCCUCCCAAUACCACGACCUGCCUUCACAAACCUUACGCGCAACUACCGCUCCCACUCAGCCAUUCUUUCUGUCCCUUCCUCGCUCUUCUACUUCGACAACCUCAUUCCAGAAUUCACUCCCCUUUCCGCCAUCACGACGUCAUGGCCCGGCUGGCGCAAGCCCAACUGGCCGGUCCUCUUCAUCCAGAACUCGGGCCCCGAUGAAGUUGAUGACAUCCUUGCUGGUGAUGGCACAGGUGUCGGCUCCCUAUACAACAACGACGAGAUCGGCAUUGUGCUCACCCGAGUUCAGACCCUACUCAACCAAAUACCCGAUCUUCAACCCGAGGAAGUCAUGAUCAUGUCUCCCUUCCGUGCCCAAGUGACGAGAAUCAGAACAGCAUUACGGAAAGAGGGGUUGGCCGCGGUGAAUGUUGGUCCAUUGGAAGCAUUCCAGGGGUUGGAGAGCAGGAUCGUCAUGUUAUGUACGACGCGUACGAGGCGCGGGCCUGAAGGCGACGAGGUCAAAUUUGUCAGGAUAGAUCAAGAGCGUGGGUUGGGGGUGAUUGAUGAGCCCAAACGGUUUAACAUGGCCAUGACAAGGGCAAUGGAGGGAUUCAUGGUUGUUGGCGAUGCCAGCACCCUGGUUUGUACGGGUGAUUCUUCCUGGCGGAACUUCAUUGCGUUUUGUCUAAGGAAUGGGCUGGUUGAGGGUGAGUUGGGUGAGAUUGAGGAGCAGAUCAAGGCAUGGGAUGUGAAGGAGGGAAGGUUGGAGCGUGCUUUGAGGCGGAAGGAGCUUGGUGUGGAGGAGAACGGCGGCGGCGUGGUGGGUUUGCGGCGGUUUGUAGAGAAUGGGGAAGAGGAAGGAGAGAUGAUGCUGCCUGAGGGGUGACGAGAUCGAAGACGGCGAGUGAGAUUGAAGACCGACGUUACCGUCUAUACAUUAUUUUCAGUUGGAUGAAUAGUGUUCGGUCUCCCAAUCCAACCCCUUGGAACUUGAAUGCAAGCAACUCCUUUGUGAGCCUUUGGUUUGGUGAGACGGUCCGAGACCUGGUUUUGACAUUGACAUUGACAUUGGAGAUCAAUUCAGACUUGAUUUGAGAGGCUCCUAG